AUGGAUAUUCUGUGCUUGUUGCAUCUUCUUCUAGCUUUGUAUCUAUCAAAAUCUGAGCUUGUUGGUGCUGAGUUCCAGGACGAAACUAUAUUGCAUGCCAUCAACCAAGAACUUAGAGUUCCUGGAUGGGGUGAUGCCAACAGCUCAGUUUACUGCAAUUGGCAAGGAGUGAGCUGUGGUAAUCAUGCAAUGGUUGAGAAGCUCGAUCUCUCUCACCGGAAUCUUCGAGGUAAUGUAACUUUAAUGUCUGAGCUCAAAGCUUUGAAGCGGCUUGACCUUUCAAAUAAUAACUUUGAUGGAUUGAUUCCUCCUUCUUUUGGAAAUUUAUCUGAUCUUGAAGUUCUAGAUUUGUCUUCAAAUAAGUUUGAAGGUUCAAUUCCACCGCAGUUGGGUGGUCUCAGAAGCCUCAAAUCAUUAAACCUUUCCAAUAACUUGCUUGUGGGAGAAAUACCUAUGGAACUUCAUGGCUUAGAGAAAUUGCAGGAGUUUCAAAUUUCUGGUAAUCAUUUGAGUGGUUUUAUACCUUCUUGGGUGGGCAAUUUGACUAGUCUGAGAGUUUUUACUGCUUAUGAGAAUCGUUUAGAUGGCAGGAUUCCAGAUAAUCUAGGCUUGAUUCCUGAGCUUCAAAUACUUAACCUGCACUCUAACCAGCUUGAAGGCCCAAUACCCGCUAGCAUUUUUUCUCCAGGGAAGCUAGAAGUUCUGGUUCUCACCCAGAAUAAUUUUAGUGGUGAUCUUCCUAAGGAAAUUGGGAAUUGCCAAGCCCUUUCCAAUAUUCGAAUUGGAAACAACCACCUAGCAGGUACUAUUCCUAAGACCAUUGGAAAUCUUAGUAGCCUAACCUACUUUGAAGCUGAUAAUAAUAAUCUUUAUGGUGAGGUAGUGCCAGAAUUUGCUCAGUGUUCUAAUCUCACCCUCUUGAAUUUAGCUUCAAAUGGAUUUACUGGAACAAUUCCACAAGAAUUUGGACAACUUAUGAACAUUCAGGAGUUAAUUCUUUCUGGAAAUAGCCUAUUUGGUGAUAUUCCAAAAUCAAUUUUGAGUUGCAAAAGUCUUAACAAGCUUGAUUUUAGCAAUAACAGAUUCAAUGGGACAAUACCAAAUGAAAUCUGCAAUAUCUCUCGGUUGCAGUACUUGUUAUUGGAUCAGAAUUCCAUAAGAGGAGAGAUCCCUCAUGAAAUUGGAAAUUGUGCAAAACUUCUUGAAUUACAAUUGGGCAAUAAUUAUUUGACCGGAAUUAUCCCUCCUGAAAUUGGUCACAUUAGGAACUUACAGAUAGAUUUAAAUUUGAGCUUCAAUCAUCUUUAUGGACCACUGCCCCCUGAAUUGGGAAGACUGGACAAACUUGUUUCUCUGGAUGUUUCAAACAAUCGGCUCUCAGGUAAUAUCCCAGCUGAGCUUAAGGGAAUGUUGAGCUUGAUAGAGGUGAACUUCUCAAAUAAUCUGUUUGGAGGCCCUGUACCAACAUUCAUUCCAUUCCAGAAGAGUCCUAGUUCAAGUUUUUUGGGCAAUAAAGGGCUUUGUGGAGAGCCAUUGAACUCCUCGUGUGAAGAUCUUUAUGAUGAUCACAAAAGUUACCAUCACAGGGUUUCUUACAGAAUCAUACUGGCUGUAGUUGGGUCUGUUUUGGCAGUUUUUAUGUCAGUAACUAUAAUUGUCUUGCUGUUUAUGAUCAGAGAGAGGCAAGAAAAGGUAGCCAAAGAUGCUGGGAUUGUUGAUGAGGGAACUGAUGACAAACCAACUAUAAUAGCAGGGAGUGUUUUUGUUGAUAAUCUAAGACAAGCAGUAGACCUUGAUGCUGUUGUUAAAGCAACUCUGAAAGAUUCUAAUAAGCUCAGCAGUGGAACUUUCAGCACAGUUUACAAGGCAAUCAUGCCUUCUGGGGUGGUCUUAUCUGUUAGGAGACUGAAGUCCAUAGACAAGACAAUAAUCCACCACCAGAACAAGAUGAUUAAAGAACUUGAAAGGCUGGGCAAAGUCUGUCAUGAUAAUCUAGUGCGACCCAUUGGUUAUGUCAUUUAUGAAGAUGUUGCUCUUCUCUUGCAUCAUUACUUUCCAAAUGGAACAUUGGCUCAGCUUCUUCAUGAAUCUACCAGGCAACCUGAAUAUCAGCCUGACUGGCCUGCUAGGUUAUCCAUUGCCAUUGGAGUGGCAGAAGGUUUGACUUUCCUUCAUCAUGUGGCAAUUAUCCAUCUUGACAUUUCUUCUGGCAAUGUUCUUUUGGAUGCAAAUUUUAAGCCAUUGGUUGGCGAGAUCGAGAUUUCAAAACUUCUAGAUCCAACCAGAGGCACUGCAAGUAUUAGUGCUGUUGCUGGUUCCUUUGGUUACAUACCACCAGAAUAUGCAUAUACAAUGCAAGUCACAGCACCAGGAAAUGUUUAUAGCUAUGGUGUUGUUCUGUUAGAAAUCCUUACAACUCGACAACCAGUUGAUGAGGAUUUUGGUGAAGGUGUAGAUUUGGUGAAGUGGGUUCAUAGUGCUCCAGUAAGAGGGGAAACUCCAGAGCAGAUACUGGAUGCAAGGCUUAGCACAGUUUCCUUUGGUUGGAGGAAAGAAAUGCUUGCUGCUCUAAAGGUCGCGUUGCUAUGCACUGACAAUACACCAGCCAAACGACCAAAAAUGAAGAAUGUAGUAGAAAUGCUUCGAGAGAUAAGGCAAAACUGUGGAUAGCAAGCCCCUCGAGUUUUCUGUGAGGUGGUCAACACCAUUGAAGAUGCGAUGUACGUGAAACACUCACGGAUAUAGAGGAACUGAUGAGUUUCAACUUACAUCUUUAUAUUGUAGUCUUGUAUCAGGAAUCAUUUUACAUGGUGAAGGUGGUGUGUCAAAGUAAAUUCAAGGCCAUUGGCAUUGAUAGAUCUUC